GGCAGGGGCGGGGGGAGCAAUCGGGCUCUGUGCUGCUGCAACAGGUCAGGGAGGAGCGGAGCAGAGCAGCAUCCUCGUUCUCCCCUCCCCCCUGUAAGGAAGGGAGCGCUCAGAAGAAGACCCUGCCCUAGCCCUUCCCCCGAGGGAGCUCGCAUCGAUUUGGCAGAGAUGAGCUGAUUUACACUGAAGUGUCGUAAUGGCAUCCGCAGACACACCAAGCAGCACCAAUGGCUUGUACAAUGAGGAUAGAAAUUUGCUCCGGAUCAGAGAGAGAGAGAGACGGAAUCAGGAAGCUCUUCAGGAGAGAGAGACAUACCCGGAAAAUGCCCCCCUCUUUGCAGAACCUUACAAGACUGACAAAGAAGAUGAAUUGUCCAGUCGAAUUCAGAACAUGCUGGGUAAUUAUGAAGAGGUGAAGGAGCUAAUCAGCACCAAGUCCCAUCAGAAUCUCAUAGGGAUACCGAAGAGCAUUGUUCCUCUGAUCCAUCAGGGAAAGCCUGAUCGCCCGUUCUUUCCUGAAAAGACCAGCAGUACAUUACCAACCUCAUUCCAGCACAGCACCCGCCACCAGGCCAUGGGACCCCCCGGUUUGGCUCCCCCCUCUGCUAGUAACUCCAUCCGCUACCCAAAGACACAAGCAAGAAUGGAACCAGCUGCAAGUUUGCACACCAAAAGUCACAGCUUGUCCAGUGGUCAGAGCCAAGGUCCAGAACAGAGACGCAGUGGUCAGGAAAGCCAUCGUGGUGGUCGCCACAAGAAAAAUGAUAGACGUGUUGAUGAAAAUGGUGCUGCUGAACUGCAAGCCACCCUCUCAGAGCUUUCUCCCUUACUGUCCUCUUUGUCUUCUCCAGUGGCACCCCUGUCACCUCUACAUUCCAGUCAGCAUAUCCAUUCCAGGUCACAGAACAACAACAAAAGUCACGGGCAGACUUACAAUCCAAUGAAAUCGCCUCAGGACUUCGUGGCAGGAUUGCAUGAUAACGAAACCCGGGACAGUUCAGCCAUUAAUCUGGCCCAACCAUCUUCUCAGACAUUUCCUCCAGCCUUGCCGCCCAAAAACUGUGCGAUGCAGCAGAAACCUACUGCGUAUGUCAGACCAAUGGAUGGCCAAGAUCAGGCGCCAAAUGAGUCACCGGAGCUCAAGCCACUUCCGGAGGAAUACCCUGGACAACCCUAUGGGAAAAUAGCCGAUUUAAAAGCAAAUGCCAAGGCCAAACUAUCCAAAUUGAAAAUACCUUCUGAGCCCAUUGAGCAAACCUUCCCCAAUGAAGUCCAUUGCGUUGAAGAAAUUUUGAAGGAAAUGACCCACUCAUGGCCACCUCCCUUGACAGCUAUCCAUACGCCUAGCACAGCUGAGCCUUCAAAAUUUCCUUUUCCAAUAAAGGAAUCCCAGCUUGUUGGAUCUGUAAUACAGAAUCAGAAGCAGUAUGAUGCACCUUCAAAAACAUUGCCUAAUUCACAGCAAGGAACAUCAAUGCUACAAGAUGACCUCCAGCUCAGCGAUAGUGAAGACAGUGAUGAUGAUCGGGUCUCUGAAAAGCCACCUCCCUCAUCUGCUCCUCCAAGUGCCUCACAAUCGCAGCCUGAGAGUGUGGCAUCAGCACAUUCCAGCAGUGCGGAGUCAGGGAGCACCAGUGACUCAGACAGCUCCUCAGAUUCGGAGAGCGAGAGCAGUUCGAGUGACAGCGAAGCAAACGAGCCACCGAGAACUUCUACGUCUGAGCCUGACCCACCAACAUCAAAUAAAUGGCAGCUGGACAACUGGCUAACCAAGGUGAACCAACCAGCAGCACCAAAUGAGAAUCUUAGUGAGGUUGUCCAUAGACAUGGUCAUCAGGAGAGCAAGGGGCAAGGGAAAAGCAGCAGCAGCAUCUCUCAUGAACGUUCUGAAUCAAAUGAGUUGCACUCCAAAAACUCAAGCAAAAUAACCAGGGCUCCCCAGGCGGUACAUCUUCCCAGCAAACGGACCUGCCAGAAGUCUCCCACGCGCACUGAGGAGCCCUCUCGGAGGCCCACAGUUGGUACCAAGAAGCCCAGCAAGCUCCCACAACAAGAGGCUCACAGGGGAAGCCUGAAAGUGGAAAGUGAGCCUGGUCCAUAUGGGGUUAAAGACCAGUCUUCCAGAGACAAGCCAAAAGUAAAAACGAAAGGGAGGCCAAAAUCCAGAGAUAAAAAAGAAUUGAAACCAACGGUGCAAGAGCCCUUGAAAAAGAAAAAGCACAAGAGCUCACACCAAGCCAUUGCUAAAGCAUUUUUGGACCCUAAGCCUGUGAAAGACAUUGUGGCUGGCGGUGCCCCAGAACAUUUCCCCCUCAGCCCUGUAGCGCAAAGCCAGAAGCCCGCCACCCCCACCAGGACUAGUGGCAAAAAGCCCGCUAUUGUGGUCAGAGAGGACUUCCAUAGAGACAAACUUCUCUUGCCUAUCAGGGAUAAGACAUUGUUAUCACCCCUGAGGGAUUUCCCCGUCCCUCAUGCCCUUGUGGUUAAAAUUGAGCUGUGUCUCCUUUCAAGAAUUCCACAGCCACCUGGGAAAGGGAGUCGCCAGAAGAAACUUGAGGGUAAAGAGCUCCCAAGUGCGAGAAAGCAGGAUUUGGAAAAGAAAAGCACAGAAACUCCUAACAAGUCUUUCAAAAAGAGAAAGGGAGAAGUGGGAAAAGAGACUGAUAAGAAGAAAAUCAAGUUGGAGAAAGAAACCAAAUCAUUGUUGUCUUCAAGUCACAAAGACUCCAGUAAAAUGAAAGUAUCCAAAUUUCCAUCCGAGACACUGAAGAAAGAGCUCCUGCUACCACCACCGUUGCCACCAAUGUCUACUGCGCAGCCUGCCCAGAAGCCAGCCAAGAUGGCACAAAAGAGACACAAGGGCGAGAGCAGCACCUGCAGCCAGCUGCCUGCCACAAAUAACCGAACUGCCAAGAGCAAGAGCAACCACAAGGAUUCUUCAUCCUCCAAGCACAGGAAAGUGGAGGGGAAGCAUUCUGAACAUUCUAAAAGCAACAAAGUAGGUGUAAGUUGUUAAUGGCGGAGCUUUUCAUUCUAGCAGUGAGUGUUCUACAAUUUCCUUCAGCAACGUUAUUCUCUUUUCCUUCAUGUUUUUAAAGGACGAGGCAUUUGAAUGAGUGACACUAUGGGUUUUAGACAGGUUUUUUUUCUUUUUCUUGGUUCCUGUGAGUCUGUCUAGCAAAAUCUUGCUGACCAAAAAUCAGCAUGCUCUCCCCAAUGGUAGAAAAGCAGAGACUAGGGUGAGGUUUCUGAUUACUAAGACAUCAUUGUUAAUUACAAAGUACCCUACUUGUUUGUUAUUUGCAAUGAUUUGUAUGUUGUUAAAACGCCAGAUGAUAAAAUAAAGUAGAGAUUGUGCCGCAG